AUGGGCUCCCUGCUCAGCCGGCGCAUCGCGGGCGUGGAGGACAUCGACAUCCAGGCCAACUCGGCCUACCGCUACCCGCCGAAGUCCGGAAACUACUUUGCAAGUCACUUCUUUAUGGGAGGUGAGAAGUUUGACACCCCUCACCCUGAGGGCUACCUUUUUGGUGAGAACAUGGAUCUAAACUUCCUCGGGAACAGACCUGUUCAGUUUCCCUAUGUAACUCCAGCUCCACAUGAGCCAGUGAAGACACUGAGAAGUUUGGUGAAUAUCCGCAAAGACUCUCUCCGGCUGGUCAGGUAUAAAGAUGAUGUGGACAGCCCUACGGAGGAGAAUGGGAAGCAGAAGGUCCUGUACAGCCUGGAGUUCACCUUCGAUGCAGAUGCUCGUGUUGCCAUCACAAUCUACUGCCAGGCUACAGAAGAGUUUGUUGGUGGAAUGGCAGUAUACAGCACAAAGAAUCCCUCUCUGCAGUCGGAGACGGUUCAUUACAAGAGAGGGGUAAGCCAGCAGUUCUCCCUGCCUUCCUUCAAGAUUGAUUUCUCAGACUGGAAGGAUGAUGAGCUGAACUUUGACUUGGAUCGUGGUGUGUUCCCUGUGGUUAUCCGAGCAGUGGUGGAUGAAGGGGAUGUGGUGGUUGAGGUGACAGGUCAUGCCCACGUUCUUCUGGCUGCAUUUGAAAAGCACGUCGAUGGCAGUUUUUCUGUGAAGCCAUUAAAGCAGAAGCAGAUCGUUGACCGGGUGAGCUAUCUGCUUCAGGAGAUCUAUGGCAUCGAGAACAAAAACAACCAAGAGACCAAGCCUUCAGAUGACGAGAACAGUGACAACAGCAACGAGUGUGUGGUGUGCCUGUCUGACCUCCGUGACACCCUGAUUCUGCCCUGCAGGCACCUCUGCCUCUGCAAUUCCUGCGCCGACACCCUGCGCUACCAGGCCAACAACUGCCCCAUCUGCAGGCUGCCCUUCCGUGCCCUGCUGCAGAUCCGGGCUGUGAGGAAGAAGCCAGGGGCUCUGUCGCCAGUGUCGUUCAGCCCUGUCUUGGCACAGAGCGUCGACCACGACGAGCACUCCUGUUCCUUUAAAGUCCUUAAAGUCAGCACUGUCUCCCUGCCCAGCAGGAAACCUAGAAGGGAAACAAGCUCUGAUAACAUCCCUCCAGGCUACGAGCCCAUUUCCUUGCUGGAAGCGUUGAAUGGCCUCCGCUCCGUUUCCCCCUCCAUCCCCUCAGCUCCUCUGUAUGAGGAAAUCAGCUACUCUGGAGUGGUGGAUGGGAUGCCACCAGCGAGCCGGCCCCUUGUUGGGAUGGACAGAGCCGUGGAGAGCAGCCACCAAAAGGGCAAGCGGAGCAAGUCUCCAGAUAGCACACUACGCUCUCCCUCGUCCCCAAUCCAUGAGGAGGAUGAAGAGAAGCUCUCCGAGGACUCUGACUCGCCACCAGCACUGAGUGGUGGUGAGCUGGUCCUGAGAGAGACCAGCCCUCCAGAAAGUGUGGCAGGGGAGGAGAUUGAGGAGGCCUUGUCCUUGCAGCAGGGUAGCCGCCCUCCCUCAGUUGAAGAUGUCCUGCAGGAUGCCAGCUGCAGUGAGCACAGGAGCCUGACGCAGUCAGAGAGCGACCCUCCGGUAGACGUCUACCUGCCAGCACUGGGUCCCGAUUCCUGCUCUAUUGGUAUAGAGGAGUAAGCUGGCUCAUCUGACUUCACCAAGAUGCUCCCCGG